GCUUAAUAUUGUUAUUUAUGUUCUGAAAUUAUUUGUAAUAAAUCUCAUUAUACAGGUAUGGCGCACGAGGAAGGAGCUACCCCUGAGUUGCUAGAUGCUCUCGUCGACAAGCGCCACCGGUCGUACAUGUCUGCGGUCCGUGGCAUCAGCUUAGGGAUGUUUCGGGCUCGUGUGCCCAUGUCGACGAUGCCGAUACACCGUCGCUGGGUUCCUAGGUUACGCGCUUCAGGUCUUCUCCCGAUUGCGCGACUUGUGGAGGGAGAUAUGGCCGACCCUGCACGUCGACCUAGGGACAGGGCUCCACGGUUCCAGUUCGACAUGUCCCUCCUCGCGGCACUUCUCGACCGUUGGCGUCCGGAGACGCACACGUUUCACCUCCCGGUUGGUGAGAUGACCCCUACUCUUCAGGACGUGGCGAUGCUUCUAGGCUUGCCGUGUGCUGGACGAGCUAUGGGUGCAGAGGACGUGGGACUCUCGUGGCGCGACGACCUUUUGGCUCGGUUCGCCGGGGUUCAGCGCAACGAGCUAGCGUUGCCGUACCGGCCCUUGCCUGCGAACCACGCACACGGACCGACAAAGAGGUGGCUUCUACAGUUCAGUGCGGACUACAUGAGGGCAGACGCAGACGACUUUACGGUUGCCAGGCACUUCGAGGCGUACUUACUGUGGCUGUUCGGCUGGGUCAUGUUCUGCAGCUCGCAGGGUGACUCGUGCCCCAAACAGCUCAUUCCUUUGGCGAGGUCGAUAGCUGAUGCUCCACUUCACGAGAUGCCACAGUUCAGCUGGGGUUCUGCUGUUUUGGCUGCGAGUUACAGGGGUCUUUGCACGGGCGUGACGAAGGUCUCAGCAGAGGAGCCCAUUUUUGUUGGGUGUCCUCUACUGUUACAGCUCUGGUCUUACGAGCGCUUUCCCGUCGGUAGGCCAGAGAUGAACUUCGAGCCGUACGUCCAGCUGUCCGCAGACCACGACGACGUCGACAGACCUACGAUGGGUUCGUUGUGGUGCCUCAGAAGGCCUUCUUGGGUCGGCGUGCAAACGAGGAAGUCGUACCACGACUUUGUUGGUCAGUUUGACGCUCUUGUGGACACGGACGUGAGGUGGACUCCGUACACUGCAGCCGACAUUUACGCCCGGGCACCGAGCGGUCUUUCGUCCUUAUGCUUGCGAGAUCACGAGUACUGGAUGACGAGGAAGCCGAUCCUUUACGACAUCCACGUCGAGGAGUACCACAUUGACCGGGUUAUGAGGCAGUUCGGUCUCUACCAGCAGACCCCGCAUUGA